AUGACUGCUGCUCUUGCCGACACUACCAACACAAUGACCGGAGAAACCACUGUUCCAGUUGAAAAUGUCAAGACCACCACUACUGAAGAAGCAAUCCCAACUACUGCUGAAACUUCCACUACUGUCGCUACAGAACUCACUGCCGAGGAAAAGUCCGUUUUUUCUCAACAAUCUUAAUCAAAGUUAGUUUUUUCCAGGGCUACACAAUUGAAGAACAACUUGACAUCUGGAAAGCGUCUUUUGUUGACAAGCGAAUUCAGCAAGGCUGCUGAUCUCUUGAGUUUGGCUUCUCAACUUGCGUGAGUUUUUGGAAUAUUCCUAUCUUUUGAAUAUUUUUAUGCUUAUUUUAGUGGUGAACUCUUCGGAGACGACAGCGAACAAUCAUUUGAUCCUUACUUCUACUAUGGACAAGCCCUUUUGGAACUCGGUAAACUUGAGGAUCAAGUUUUCUCAAAUGCUAUGACCAAUAUGCCAACCGUAGAAGAAGGGAAUGCCAACAACGAUUCAAUCGACGAGGAACAAUACGGUAAUCCGGAUAAGUUGUCAGAAGAAGAACGUGAGCAAAUCAAGGAACAAGUUGACACUGCUCUUUCUGCUGGGGCAGAGAAAGCAGAUGGAUUAGUCGAACCUGAAGCGGAAACCGAGAAAGAAGCUGAUGCCGAAGCGGAAGCUGAACAAGUAGAGGGCGAAACUGAAGAAGGUGAUGAAGAGAUGAAUACUGAAGCCGACGCUGAAGCUCAAGGUGAAGCAACAACUGAAGCCGCUGCAACUGGAGGUUUGUUCUUUGAAUUCUAUAGAAAUUGUUGCGGAAACCGAAAACAAGUUAUAUUUUCAGAUGUUGCCAUGGCAGAAGGAGAUGCUGAGGCUGAAGGUGAAGGUGAAGAAGAGGAGGAAGAUGAGGACGAUAGCUCGAUGAAACUUGCUUGGGAGAUUUUCGAGACAACUCGCAGAAUUUGCGAUAAAAAACUUGAAAGUCUUGCUGAAGAACAAUUGGAGGAUAUCAAGAAGUGGACCUUGCACAAGGCUGAUGUUCUCAGCUUUUUGGGAGAACACGGAAUCGCUGACGGAAAACCUGAUCAAGCUAUUAAGGAUCUUGAAGCUGCUCUUGAGCUCCAAACAACUCAUCUUGGAGAAACCUCGCGUGUUUUGGCUCAAACAAAUCAUCUUCUCGCCAAAGCGUUCCGCAUGGAUGGUGGAUUCAAUGAAGCGGCCAAAUUCUUCAGUGAUUCUAAGAAGGUUUUGGUUGCCAAAACUGAAGAGUUGAAGGCGUCGUUGGAAAAUGCAAUGGAAGAAUCCAAAAAAGAAAUUGAAGAUGAGUUGAAAGAGUUGGCUGAAUUGAUUCCAGAGAUGGAUGUGUAUAUCGAUGAUUCGAAGGCUUCGGCUGAGCAAGCGGAGAAAAUCAAAGAAACUGUCAAAGAAGAAUUGGAGUCUGCAGCUCAAGUUUUGAAGAAUCUCACAUCUUCAUCUGGAGAUGCCUCGAACACCGAAGCUAAUGACAUUUCUGGAAUGGUUAGUUUUUUUCUUUAAAAAAAAACUCCUUUAAAAAGUUUGGUUGUGAAUGUAAUUUUUCAGAUCCGCCGCCCAGCCAAACGUCCAGCUUCAGCUCAAGACAAUGCAGAAGAAGACGUCGCCAAAAAAACUAAAUCUGACGAAACUUCGGAAGCGACAUCCACCACUGAAAACUCUGCAUAA